UCCUUGUAUAAAAAAUCUUCAGUCACAAAAUAAUUAGUAAAUAGUUCUUGACGAGAAUGGUAGAGAACAGUUUUAUAAUUAAACAUGUUAUCGACCAGCUCACUACAAUGAAUGAAAUGGUGUAGCAGAUGGCAGGGGAUUCAAAUUCAAAGAGGCGUGUCAGCAGAAGCACUGAAUCCAAAAACACACAGGACAUAAACAUAAACAUAAUUGAAGGGAAUAAUAACCCAAAAGCGCAGGUGCAAGAACGUGCUGCAGUUUUUGACCAACAUUUCUACGAUGGAAUCCCAUUCUUUGCUGAUAAUAAGCCUUCUAGAACCAACGAGAAGGCUUCUACCACUGCGGGUGAAGAGUUCUACGACGGAAUCCCGCGCUUCCCCGAGGACUCCUUGCCGAACAAGCCUAAGUCAAAGGUCUCAGAGGUGAGUUUACGCUUGGGCAAAGCUGUUACUACUGGAAUUGCUAUUGGAUUAGAGAAAGCAGUAGAGGUUUUGGACACUCUUGGGAGCAGCCUGACAAAUUUAAAUGUGAGCAGUGGGUUUUCUUCUGGAGCUGCAAUAAAGGGGAAUAAAAUUUCUAUCUUAGCAUUUGAGGUUGCAAACACAAUUGUCAAAGGUUUUAAUCUUCUGCAAUCUCUUUCUGCAAAAAGCAUUAGGCAUUUAAAAGAAGAGGUGCUUCUUUCUGUGGCUGUGCAAAAUUUAGUAUCAAAGGAUAUGGAUGAACUUCUUAGGAUUGUUGCAGCAGACAAGAGGCAAGAGUUGGAAGUUUUUUCUAAUGAGGUGAUUCGUUUUGGAAAUCGUUCGAAGGAUCCUCAGUGGCGCAACUUAGACUGUUACUUUGAGAAACAAACCCACAUGCUCAAAGAUGGAAAUCCUAGUAGGAUUAGCAGAGAAAUAAAUGUUCAAAGGCUGUCAAGAGACGAGCCAGAAUUAAUAAUGCUACAGUUGAUGACUUUGGCUGAUUUUACAGUUGAAUUGUAUCAUGAAUUAGAUGCUUUGGAUAAACUUGAACAAGAUUUUCAGCGUAAGUGUGAGGAGGAGGAUCAAAGAGGUGAUAGCCUUGCAUUGUUGAGGGCAGAGAUUAAAAGUCAUAUGAGGCAAAUUAGACAUUUAAAGAAGAAAUCACUCUGGUGCAGAAGUUUAGAGGAGGUUGUGAGGAAGCUUGUAGCCAUUGUCCUUUUUUUGCAUUUGGAGAUAAGCAAUGCCUUGGGCAAUGCAGAUGACCAUGGACCAUUAACUGGACAUAUGAGCAAUUGCCAAAGAUUGGGCCCUGCAGGCCUUGCUUUGCAUCAUGCAAAUAUAGUGCUUCAAAUUGAUACUCUUGUAGACAAAUCCACUAUGCCUGCAAAUACAAAGGAUGCAUUAUAUCAAAGCUUGCCUCCUAAUAUAAAAUUAGCUCUACGUUCCAAAUUACCAUCCCUCCGUGCUGUAGAAGAGAUAAGUGUAGCCUAUAUCACAUAUGAGAUGCAUAAAAAAUUACAUUGGUUGGUUCCCAUGGCCAUUAACACAUCCAAAGCACAUAAGAGAUUUGGUUGGCUAGGGGAGUGGGCAUACUCAGGGUAUGAAGUAAAAAAGAAGACUGGUGUAAUGUGGAUUGAGACAUUCUACCAUGCAGAUAGAGAGAAAGUGGAACAUUGUAUUCUUGAACUUCUCUUAUGGCUUCAUCGCUUGGCCAUCAGAAGUAAGGCUCACAGUGAUGCUAUUGCUGGCUAAGUAAGGUCUGCCACUUGCGAAGAAAAUGGAAUGAUAAAACUGAAUUUGGUCUCUUUUGAUUCAACCUUAAUAAAGGAAAUAAUUGCUUAAUUAGCUCUCUAAAUAAAUCUCUUGAUUUAAGGGAUUGCCCGUAAAUUUUCCCAUUAAUUAUAUUUGCAACAUAUAUUUACAUAUUUAUAGCUCAA